AUGGACCUGCCUACACCAGACGAGCAAGUCUGGCAGCAUUGGCUUAAACAUAAGAAACUAUUUGGACCCAUCAGCUCCCUUAGUGUGCUGGGAACAACUAUUAUCAUUUUGAACGAUGCUCAACUGGCUGUGCAACUCCUGGAAAAGCGAUCAGCGAUCCACUCUUUGCGCCGUCAACAGACAUUUGCUGACAUGUCAGGCUGCGACGAGAUUCUCGGAGCACUCCGAAAACCAGAGCAUGUUCGACAAACCCGAAAGAAUAUUUAUCAGGAGAUCGGGUCCAACAAAUCCGUAUCCUCCUUCAACGAAGUUCAACAAGCCGAGGUCGCUCGCUUUUUACUGAGAGUCCUGGACACGCCAGAAAAGCUUCAACAGCAUAUUCGUAAAGAGGCUGGGGCUAUUAUCUUAAAGAUUGGCUAUGGCUACACCAUUGAGCCUCAUCGUAAGGAUCCCCUCGUGGAUCUGGCCGACAAAGCGAUGGAGGAAUUCUCAUACGCCUUGCUCCCAGCAACAUGGGCCGUGGAUUUCUUCCCAAUGUUGAGAUAUUUGCCUCCUUGGCUGCCUGGCGCGGGGUUCAUCAAGACAGCCCAGGCAUAUAAGAGACGAGUAAAAGCGUUCAGUGGUAUUCCAUUCGAGUUUGUAAGACAACAAAUGCAAAGCGGAUGCAUUACACCAUCAUUUCUGUCCAACCUUCUCGAGACCAACCCCGUGGAGCCAGGAUCGGAAGAUGAAAAUAUUCUCAAAUGGUCGGCUGGGUCAUUAUACGCCGGAGGAGCGGACACAACUGUAUCCUCUCUUGCGAGCUUCUUCCUGGCCAUGGCAUUAUUCCCGGAAGCGCAACUCAAGGCGCAGCUGGAAAUUGACAUGGUGGUUGGGAGAAAUCAGUUACCGGAGUUCAAGGACCGUGAAAAUCUUCCGUACAUCAAUGCUUUAGCGAAAGAGGUACUGCGAUGGCACCCGGUUGCUCCGAUGAGCGUUGCACACGCUUCAAGCCAGGAUGAUAUCUGUGAGGGAUACUUGAUCCCCAAGGGAUCAUCUAUUCUUGCUAAUAUAUGGGCAUUUACGCAUGAUGAAAAGGUCUACUCUGAUCCCAUGGCCUUCAAACCAGAACGUUUCCUCGUCACACCCGAGAACCCACACCCGGAACGAGACCCUCACCUACUUGUGUUUGGAUUUGGCCGCUGGGUCUGUCCAGGGCGUACUUUGGCAGAUGCAAAUGUGUUCCUUUCUGUUGCACAGUCUCUGGCAGUUUUCAAUAUCUCAAAGCCGAUACGCAAUGGUGAGAUACAAGAUGUGCCUCUGAAAUUCCUGCCAGGUGUGAUUAGCCACCCGGCUCCAUUCGAAUUGUCGAUUUCUCCUCGAAGUGAGACGCAUCGGGAGCUUGUUCAGUCCUUAGAGCAACAGUAUCCUUGGGAAAAGAGUGAUGCUGAGGCUCUUGGAAGUGUGGUAUUUUGA